AUGCGUUUUAGAUUAAAUGAUUCUUUUUCUGGAAAGAGUUGGACAAUUGAGAAUGUCCAUUGGACUCCCCAGGACUUAGUUGCUUGGAUUAUAAAGCUUGAUAUCGAUUUAAGUGAUGAUGCGAAAUUGCUGCUUCCAAACGGAAUGUCAUUGAAUGAGACAUUAUUGAAUGAUGAAAGCAAUGUGGUUAUUUACGUUCUUGACGAACACUUGCUCAAGUUUAGUCUUCAAGAGGAUGCCCCCUCUCUUCCUAAUCUUGAGAAGACUGAUUUUGUUGACAGCUUACCUAAGUAUGAGGAUGAAAAAGAAAAGUUUUUUUCUUUUGCAUGGAAAGAAAAAUUUUACGAACGUCGUCAACAAAUUGUUGAUUUUACCCAUAUAUCGAAUAACUUAUACGAGGAAUUAACCGUUCAUCAUAGUCAGAUGAGCACUAGUCUGAGUGCUCCUAGUGUAGCAAUGAAUUACUUGCAAAGACGUCAAGCUGGUAUGAAAGAGUUAUUGGUCGUCUUUUACGAGCGAUUAGAAAAGGUCUCUAUAAAUGACCUACUCCGCGACUUCUUGGCUAUGCCGGUUGGUUCUUUGCCCGUUAAUACUCACAAGCUUUUAUCCGCCAACUGGUCAAAAUUAGAUCCUUGGUUAUCGUCAAUUUCUUCUCGAUAUUUUGAAGCUCAGAAACGUGUUCAACAAUGUAUACAAGCAACAAAUAGCAUUGGCGUUUUCCCUUUUAAUGAGCAUCCUUCCAUGGAAGAAGCUGAUUCCUUAUUUCAGGAAAUAAGUAGUUUAUCUGAAAGAAUUAAUUCAGAUUUAAAAGAUUUGAUAGAACACUGUUCAGAGCUGGUAAAAACCCCCAUCUCUUUAGAUAGCAGACUUCAAGCUCAUAUUCACCAUGUACAAAAGCUGUCGGCUCUGAUAAAUGACUUACAUGAUUUCGCGUGCUCUCUUUUUGAGUCUAGAAAAUCAUCUUUGAUCACGUUAAAAUCUUUUUGGCUUACUUUUUUUAAAGUUUCUUCCAAGUAUGACACUUUAUACGAAUAUCUACGACAUGUCGCCGAGGAACUGGAUAAAAGUAAAUUAAUUAUUUCACAGUGUCAUAAUAUUUAUUCUCUUUUUGCUGACAUUUUAAUGGAGGCUCUACGAAGAACGGAAUGGCAAGCGUCUUAUAAUGCAAACCACGGCAGCACCCUUCCCAUAGAUCAGGAGAAAGAGUCGAAUACCCGAAAAGCCUGGCUGAGUCAGUUCUCUAAUUUGUUAUUUAAUUAUGACCAGUUAAGGUAUCUUCCUACAAUUACACGAAGCGAAUUAUCUUCCUUCCUAAUCAGUCUUCGAGCCGAACCCAAAUAUCAAAAUUUUUUGCAUAUUCUUAGCAAUCGUCUUUCAGAGUCGCUUGGAUUUCCUAAUCCUCUUCAAGGUGAUGCAGUACCUAGUAAUAAUCAAGAGAUUACGACACUUCAAGAACGAUUAGCCAUCUAUCAAAACCGUUGUAACAAUCUGGAAACUAUACUGUUACAGCAGAGAAAUUCUCCAAUAAACGCCGCGAAUGUCACAGCCCAGUCGAACGCAACUCGAACAGAGUUAAUGGAUGAUGGAUCGCAACCAUUCUACAGGACUUCUCCUACUAUAAUUCCUAUAAGCAUUCUUAGAAAAUUUUCUCAGCGUAAAAAUUCAUUUUCAGAGGGCCUUGCAACCAAAUACCAGACGGAAAUAGAACAACUUCGUCAUGAAUUGAAUGAAGCACUGAAGAGAAAUGAUGACCUUUCUACAGAAAUCCAUUCUAAAGACGAACGCAUUCGCUUAUUGGAAACAGAAAAUGAUGACAUCUUAACCAAAUAUAAUGAUAAACCUUCUCGUACAGAUCUAUCUCAUGACGUUGAUGAAAAGCAAAACUUAAUGUCAGUCUGCUCACAUUUUGAGAACAAGGUUUCGAAGCUACAGGAGAUUUGCAAUGUAUUUAAAAAUGAGAUAAGCAUUCUAAAACACCAGGAAGAGUAUUCAGAAAUGGCUAAGGACUCGCAAGUAGUAAAGCAACUAUUAGAAGAAAGGGAUUUAGCGACUGAAAAACAAAAAAAAUUAGAAGAAGUCGCUGAUUCUAGAAUGGAGCAAUGCAAGCUUUUAACACAAAAGCUUUUUACUUUAGUGUUCCGUUGUCAUGAACUUAGGACUGUUUUGCAAGAGUGUAUUGAACAACCUGGCCAGGAAAUGGAUCGUGAUGGUUUCUAUAAUGGUUCAGAACGUCAAUUGCAGUUUUGUUCAAAGGAUUUGCAAUACUUGUAUUGGAUGAACAGUGAUGAUGUUGAUCAAGCCUUCCAGGAUUUCAUGAGUAGGAUGGGAUCUUUAGAUAUUGACUCAUUUCAUGACUAUGUGGUAAACGUUCUCAGUGAAGCUCAUAAUAACGAGCUUCGCUGGAAGCGGGAAUUUCAGUCUAGCCGUGAUAAAGCUUUGAAAGCUAUAUUAGAAUCUCAAACAAAAGUAUCUUUGCGAAACUUCAAGCAAGGAACACUGGCUUUGUUUUUACCAACCCGUCGUCGUAUGCAGGGCCACCGUAUUUGGGCUGCGUUUAAUGUUAAUGCUCCACAUUACUAUUUGAAUAUUCAAAACAACUCAAAGAUUGAGUCUCGUGAAUGGUUGGUUGGAAGAAUAACAUCCAUUGAAGAUCAUGUUGCCGAUGGAACAAUUGACAAAUGGCUCAAGCUACCUAUGGGUACUGUUUGGCAUUAUGUGGAUGCCGUUGAUGAAAGACUUUGA